CGUACUAGUGCGCUUGGGCGGCAGACGAACGAUGGUGUUCUUCGUGUGCGAGGGCUGCAAUGAGACGCUGAAGAAGAACAAGGUGGACGCGCACGCGGGCCGCUGCCGCAACUGCUGGGCCGUGAGCUGCGUGGACUGCAGCGUCGUGUUCGAGGGCAACGACUACGCGGCGCACACCAGCUGCAUCUCGGAGGCCGAGAAGUACGAGAAGAGUCUGUACCAGGGCGACAAGAACAAGGGCAAGCCCGGCAAGAAGCAGACGCCGCAGGAGCGCUGGAUGGACGCCGUGCAGUCCGCCACGUGCCCCGACGACCGCAAGCUGCAGGACGUGCUCACGCGCAUAGCCGGCUACGACAACGUGCCCCGCAAGAAGAACAAGUUCGUCAACUUCGUGUCCAACAGCCUGGCGCUGCGCGACGCGGCGCUUGUGGAGCGCGCCUGGACCAUCUACGAGACGGCGUUCAAGGCCUCGGCGCCCGAGAGCAACGAGACCCCCGCGGCGGCCGCUCCGGUGCAGGAGAACGCGAGCAAGAAGCGGCCAGCGGAGACGGAGAAGGAGGAGGACGAGAAGAACGCUAAGAAGAGCAAGACGGAGGAUAAGCCCGUCAAGUGGAGCAAGCUCAUCAAGUCGGCGCUGAAGGACGCUGGCAAGGAGCUGGAGAUGGACGCGCUGCGGGAACAGGUGCUCAAGCAGAUCCAGGACAAGGCGCUGUCCUCCAAGAGCGAGAAGGAGCUCAAGAAGGAGUUCAAGGCCGCCAUCAAGGACAGCGACAAGUUCGCGGUCGUCGAGGUCGUGCGGCUGAAGUAG